GGGACAGUGUACUAUUGCGUAUAGGCUCGUUGCUUCGCACUAAAAGAGAAAUAUCUAUUUUAUUUUCAGGUGUUGAGCACAUUCUUUUUGCGCUUUUCAUAACGAUAUACGCUGUGAAGUGUCUUUUCGUGUGGCUUAGGAGUCCCCUGUAACUAUGCGCGAUUUUUAACCACACACGUCGUGCUGGAUAAGGCGCAUCGCACAGUUUGUCUGACCUUUACCAUUUAAAAGUAACAAUUAUUUUGGAUACUCGACUUGAAAUGGACUGAUGACUUUGAUGUGAAGACUCGCCCGUGAUGAAAUGAUGGAAAUCUGCAACUUAAGUUUGAUCUUCAGUUGGAUUGAUUUCUUUCAUCUGGACUAACACCUACACAGGGCCAAAACGAGAACUUUUUACAGCUUUUGGUGUUCUGGGAAACUGCAAAACCAGCCAUCAGUGGAUGUACAGGGAAUGAAGGAAUAUUCUGUGCCAUUAGUCCAAAACAACAGAGCUUCUGCCGACCAACUGGAGAAUAAUUUAAAAAGUCUUCCAGCAGUUCAUAAGACCCAAAAUUGAGGCAUCUCCCAUUCUUAUGGCAGAAUAAGGGACAAUAAAGAAAAUAAUGAGCAGUGAUUUAAGGGCUAAAGGAAUAUUUUUAUAACUUACAGUUAAGCACAAGGGGUAAUGCCGGCCCCUUGUUUGUUCUGUGGCAUUUAACUUGCUGGGUUUCAAAAACAAAGCAAAAAGAGCACAAUAAGAGUCACAGCACCUUCAACCAUGAAUUACCGCUCACAUUUAUCAGCCAUGACCUUCACAAAUGUAAAGCAUUACCAAUAUCUCCAACAGCCGAACUAGAAUUACUUUCACCUCAAGAUGUUUUCAUGGGAUAAUUAAUCCUUAACACCAAAUAAAUCAUGCAUAGAUGAUGUGAAGCGCUGCUGAACCAUGCAACAUGGAUCUGUUCAACAGCUCCGAUGAGUUUUUCCUCAUCAACACCACAGUCAGUCCCACAACCCUGGAGUCCUGGGACGACGCCACGCUUCUCAGUCUGCAGAUCUCCAUCUCUGCCAUGUUAGCAAUCGUCACUUUGGCCACAGCUCUGUCCAACGCUUUCGUAAUCGCCACGAUUUUCCUCACACGCAAGCUUCACACCCCUGCCAACUUCCUGAUUGGCUCUCUCGCAGCGACGGACCUCCUGGUGUCUAUUUUAGUCAUGCCGAUCAGCAUCGUCUACACGGUCAGUAAGACUUGGACUCUGGGUCAGAUUGUGUGUGAUAUCUGGCUAUCGUCUGAUAUAACGUUCUGCACGGCCUCCAUCCUGCAUCUAUGCGUGAUCGCAUUGGACCGAUAUUGGGCCAUCACGGAUGCCUUGGAGUACUCGAAACGGAGAACCAUGCGGCGAGCGGCAUUGAUGAUUGUUAUAGUAUGGGUGAUCUCCGUCUCCAUCUCUUUACCUCCUCUAUUCUGGCGGCAGGCGAAGGCUCACGAGGAGCUCACGGAGUGCAUGGUCAACACCGACCAGAUCUCCUACACGCUCUAUUCUACAUUUGGCGCCUUUUAUGUUCCCACAGUUCUCCUAAUGAUCCUCUACGGACGUAUCUAUGUGGCAGCUCGCUCCAGGAUCUUCAAAACACCGGCGACCAGCGGAAAGCGCUUCACUGCUGCUCAGCUCAUCCAGAACUCGGCAGGCUCUUCGCUUUGCUCGCUGAACUCCACUUCUAAUCAGGAGGGACAUCUUCAUGCUGGAGGAGGAGGAGGUGGUGGUGGUGGUGGAGGAGGAGGAGGAGGGUCUCCUCUUUUCACGAACAGUGUGAAAGUGAAGCUGGCUGACAGUGUGCUGGAAAGAAAGCGUCUUUGUGCUGCUCGAGAGAAGAAGGCCACCAAGACUCUUGGGAUUAUCCUGGGUGCGUUUAUAGUGUGCUGGCUCCCAUUCUUCGUGUUUACACUGGUGAUGGGUGUCUGUAAAGACUGCGGGUUUCAUCCUGUGCUCUUUGAUGUGUUCACCUGGCUGGGAUACCUCAACUCGCUCAUCAAUCCAGUCAUCUACACUGCCUUCAAUGACGACUUCAAACAAGCCUUCCACAAACUCAUCAAGUUUAAAAGAUGCUACUGAUGUUACACAUCGCUGCCCUGUGUUUUGACACCUUCACGACUUAAUUAGCGGAUUUCUGCAGAAAACAUCCGAAUCCUGUGAACAUUUGUCUGUCAUAUGAUGUGGAGGAGCCAAUGUAUCCUGUCGUUAGUUUUUCAGUGAGCUCCUAAACGCGCACAUAGUGUCCGGUCGAUGUGGAUUACUGUUCUCACAAGACAGCUUGUAAAAUAUUGUGCCAUAUUGUUGAUGCUUCCUUGUAGUUUAAGAAUGCAUGCUAAGAUUACCAAUCCUUCGCUAGAGAGCAAUGUUCUCUUGUCUCUGUAAACAAUAGCUGUCUAUAAACUGCUUUAAUUACCAGGAACAGACAGAAAUUAAAUCGAGAGUUUAUUUAAAACAGAUAUAAAUAAAUAAAGAUUGGUGUUCCCAUUGGAACAUAUACCAUAUAUGGGCCACCGUGGGCCAUGCUGAAGAUCACGGACAUUAGCCUAGCCUCCCUAAAUAAAAAUGUUCA